AUGUAUGCGGGAUAUAUUUUUCUGAUUAUUUGCUCAAAUUGUUUAGCCGUUAACAUAGACCGCAUAGAUGUUCCUCUAAUGGUGGAAUUAGGUACAGAGGCGGUGAUCCUCGACUGUCAGUAUACAACCAAGACACCCUCACCGGCCGGGCUGGUGAUGAAGUGGUUUUUCAACGGACCCUCUGGCCUGGUCUAUCAAUGGAUUCCACCAUUACGACCACAAGUUAUCGGCCUCUUAAAAGGAAAGGUUGAUUUGAAUUUCAGGAUUUCUGAGGAACCACUGCAUACAUACCGAGCUAUUAAAAUCCUAAGACCUACCACGGACCUCAGUGGGAACUACACGUGUGUAGUGUCAACAUUUACUGAGGAAGAUUCGCGUACACGCGCCAUGAUUGUGUAUAGUCCGGCAAAAAAUUUCCGUUUUAUACAAGACAAGAAAUACGUGUUCUUAGUAACACUUAUUUGCUUCGCUCAAGAUUUAUAUCCAAAACCGAAUAUGACGAUUUCAUCGCAAGGCGAGAUUCUAAAACAAUCUGUGAUGGAAAUAAAGAUGAAUUCCUGGGGACUGUACUCCGUGGCUGUGACUGUUGAGGUGCAUGAUGACGAGAUAAACGCGCCCUAUGAAGAAUUUGUAUGUGAAUUGUCAUUGCCAAACAUCAAUUAUACAAGAAAUCUUACAACCAUAUAUUAUCCAGGAUUAAUGCCUACCGCAUACACCGCGUAUGAAGUACAAAGACCUCAACAUCAUCAAGCCAGCGGAAGCAAGAGCAACGGUGUACUAUUUCAAUUGAUCGACUUGUUAUUUUUAAACCUGUGUAUUUUGUGUGAAUUUUUAUAA